AAAAAAGAACUGUAUCAGCAGUAGCAGCGUAGGUACAUCAUCGUGGAAAACUGUCAAGAGUGUGUGUCCCAGACGCUGGCUGUGAACAGGAAAGCAUCGGACAAUCGUCAUCGCAGGCGUCGGAUUGCACCGAACAUAAGACCCAGCCUUUUCCUAAUGUACGAAUUCGAGCAGAUGUGAUCGAGGGGAGUUGGAAGUUCGCUCAAGGGUCGCGGGGACUGGUAACCGCAGCUAGAGAGGUUCUUCCCAGGAUGCCGCAAGGUUUCGCGACCGUUCAAAGACUUGGAGUCGCGUCACGAGCGUGUAAUAGAAUAACGAGCUGAGGAUGUCGGAGCAAAACGGGCCCAGCGAGGGCCCAGGACCAGGUCCGGGUCCGGGACCGGGACCCGGUUGGUGGCCAGCCUCGCAGUCCUGGAAGACGAACUCCUGUACGUCCGUCUCCUCCUCGUCGACUACUUCCACUGCUCCAGACAGCUCCGCCUCCGUCUCUGUCUCCUGCACCAUUUCUACCUCUUCCCUGACCACCACCACUUCCACUUCUUCCUCGACCAGCUGCUGUUCCUCGACUCCUAGCGGACCCUCGUGCACGAUCACUGCUGCUCGUUCCUCGGAAACAGGGAAAAACGUUUCUGUCACGACUAUCAACGUACCGAAUAAUCAGGACAUACACGAUGGCAAAGGUAUCUGCAAGUACCUUACCGGCCAGAAUGGCGUCACAGUGUCGGUAGUUUCGAGCUGUGGCUCCGUGUUGGACUGUGGAAAUGCAAACGUUGUAUCCACCACAGGGAUCGGCAUCAGCAGCGGGUCGCACAGCAUCGGUAUCGGUAUAGGUGUCAAUGUCCUUCAGUCUCAGAACACCGGGGACGAUGAUGCGGAAGAUAGCGAUGUUGAAAUAAGCAAGAUUGAUUUUCGCGGGGUGAAUCUGCGUACGAAGAAGAAACGAGACGUGCCGGUGAACCAGGCUGGAGAGAAAAUAGGCGACGUAGACGCCGAAGAUGGAAAUUGCUGUUACGAUGGAAACGAUAUCUCCCAACAGCAGCCAGAAAGACCCAUGUCGUGGGAAGGUGAAUUGUCUGAUCAAGAAAUGUCUUCCAAUACAAUUACAAAUCAGGAUACGCACGAAGACACAUCCAUGGAAGGUGUCCAAGUAUGCAGCGCAAGUCCAGGUCCUAUGGAGCAAAAAUUUCCUAUAAAACCAGAGCCAGACUUUCGGUCUAGUCCGGGAUUUGCAUUUGGUUCUUUUCACGAUACUGGAUUACCUUUGACCCAUGGCCAGCAGAUGCAGCAACAACAACAGCAGCGCAACAUAGAGAACCUUGAACAGACGCAACAAAAUGAUUUGCCUCUCCUCGUAGGGAAACUACUGGGUGGUUACAACAGUUCAACUCCAAAUCACAGUCCUGUGUUGAAUCCUAGACAUCAUUUGACUAAACAUAGUCAUACGAGAUCGCAGGUGCCGUCUCCAGACUCGGCGAUUCACUCUGCGUACAGCGUAUUCAGUUCGCCGACGCAAAGCCCUCAUGCAGCUCGUCAUUCCGCUUUAGGAGCAGGAAGUCCAGUACCAUCUUCGUCGCUUUCUCUGUCGCGACACAGUUUCAACAAUUCAACAUCCUCGUUAUCGUUGUCGCUAUCUCAUUCUCUCUCGAGAAACAAUUCGGAUGCCUCGAGCAGCUGUUACAGCUACGGUUCUCUCAGUCCACCCACGCAUUCACCCGUCCAACAACCAAGACAUCCGCAGCAUCAUCAGCAUCAGGUAGCUCAGGGAAGUCCGCUUCAUCUGCCGGCAACAGCCCCGUCCGCGAUUGCUCAUCAUUACUCUUCCUCUACACCGGGUUCUGAACUCUCACCUGAAGGGCAUACCGCUCCCGAUGACCAAGAAGACUGUCGAAUACCCUCAGCGCCUUCGAGUAUCUCUACUAGGCAACAACUGAUCAAUAGCCCCUGUCCAAUUUGUGGCGACAAGAUAAGCGGUUUCCAUUAUGGAAUCUUCUCCUGUGAAUCGUGUAAAGGAUUCUUCAAACGCACCGUCCAAAACCGAAAGAAUUAUGUGUGCCUUAGAGGCGCGGGCUGUCCAGUCACCGUCGCCACCAGAAAGAAGUGCCCGGCCUGCCGCUUUGACAAGUGCCUCAAUAUGGGUAUGAAACUCGAGGCUAUUAGAGAAGAUCGCACCAGGGGCGGUCGAAGUACCUAUCAGUGUACGUACACUCUUCCUGCGAGUCUCGUGAGCAAUUCCGCGAGCGGCAUGACCGGUGAGAAAUUGACCACGGGAGGUAAUUGUAGUCCAGCUCCACCUGGUAGCGAGCAUCAUUAUAGCAGCAGGCAUCACUCGCAUAAGAUGCAGAUGGUGCCGCAACUUUUGCAAGACAUUAUGGACGUAGAACAUUUGUGGCAUUACAAUGAUAACGAUCGAAUGUCUGGAAUUCAAGCUGGAGGAACGAACGCUACUAGAAACAACGAUGCGAUGUUAUUGGGAGUUGGAACUGGUGGUGGAUCUGGUACGGGAAGCGAUGCAGGUUCGAGAGUUGAACGUUCCACCAAUGGAACUGCUGGGAAUGGAAAUUCCAACAAUAGAAGAGACGAUAGGCCUAACGUUUCUAAUGUUAACAGUGAACAACGAGCUACAUCUGUUAACAGUAGUUCCCAGAUCGGUAAUAACACGAAUGGCAACUCUACCCAACAUCCUGAUUUCCUGUCGAACCUCUGCAACAUUGCUGAUCAUCGAUUGUACAAAAUAGUGAAAUGGUGCAAGAGUCUGCCGCUGUUUAAAAAUAUAUCCAUCGACGAUCAAAUCUGUCUGUUAAUUAACUCUUGGUGCGAGCUAUUGCUCUUCUCGUGCUGCUUUCGCAGUAUGAGUACUCCCGGUGAAAUCAGAGUGUCUCUGGGCAAGUCGAUCACAUUAGAGCAGGCUAGACAGCUUGGCUUAGCGACCUGCAUCGAGAGGAUGCUCGCAUUUACUAACAAUCUGAGAAGGCUAAGAGUCGAUCAGUACGAAUAUGUAGCAAUGAAGGUAAUAGUGUUGUUGACCAGUGAUACAAGUGAACUAAAGGAACCUGAAAAAGUUCGAGCAUCUCAGGAAAAGGCUUUACAGGCACUGCAGCAAUACACCAUAGCAAGGUACCCAGAGAUGCCUGCCAAGUUUGGCGAAUUAUUGUUAAGAAUUCCAGAUUUACAAAGAACAUGCCAGGCAGGAAAAGAAUUGUUAACUGCAAAACGCGCAGAAGGAGAGGGCAGCUCGUUUAAUUUGUUGAUGGAAUUAUUAAGAGGAGAUCACUGAAUUAUCAUCACAAUAAACAAUGCCAUUCCAUGCUUAUAGAGUUCAUAAGCUUUAGGGAAUUGGAUAUAUUAGAUAAUCAAGGAGCAGAAAAACUAGAAAGAAAUCAUAAACAUUACGGUCCAUGAUACAUUAGUUCAGGGUGAAGGGACUACAUUCUUAUAGGACUAAUUAGAGGUUGACUGCUUGACGCAUAAAGCGGACGAAAGAAAUUCUAUGUUUUUUCUCUCUUUUUUUUGUUCUUUUUUUAUUUAAAAUGCUUCCAUGCGGGUUAUUGCAUAAUGCGAACCCACUUUGAAAUACAUACAGGAAUUUCGAAGCGGCCUAUGGUAUGCUCGAAAUAUUCAGCGUGCAUAUUUUUUAUGCAAAACAGACUGAAAGUAUAAUCGAAGGAGAGAUGCAGAGCAUUUACUUUUACAAUAAUAUUGAUGUACAGAGAUAGAAAGAUUGAGAGAGAGGGAGAGAAAGAAAGAACGAGUGAGCGAGCGUAAGAGAGAGAGAGAGAGAGAGAGAAAGAGAGAGGGAGUUGGUAUCAAAUAGCAUAAAAAUGCUAAAUUUUAUUAGAUAGGUUCAAUCUGUUCGAGUAAACCACGAAUACAAAGUUUUAAACUUGAUGAUUAUUAUAAUAAUAACACAACCAGUAUUUUGUAUUGUUCUGCGUUUACUUAAGAUUAAGGCACAGAAUGAUGUCUUAUAUCCCGGUAAUGAAAGUGUACUUAAAUCAUGAGUCGACCAAUUAUUUGCUUAUAGAGCAGUUAAUCGUGUAAUAAUUAUUAGAUAAUGACGUUUAGCUAACAUAUUGUCAUCAGAGCAUUAUGGUUUUUAUCUAUCGUAUAAAUACAUUUUUUUUUUUUUAUUCUUCGUAUGUUUUAAUAACGCGCCAACGACGGAUGACCAAUUUCGUAUGUUCUAAAUGGCAUACAUUUUCUUUUUUUUUAUUUCACGAACAACGCUUGAGACAAUCUCUCUUUUUGUAAAUAAAUUUUAUUUGAAAACAUUUGUUUCUAAAUUAUGUUCUGUUUGAGGAAAUUCUUGUAUAUUAAAUUUUUAUCAAGUUGAUGUUUGUUUGUUGCAAAAUUUUACAAUUAUUCUGUUUGAAACCGGUUUCAUAGUUUCUAUGCGUGUGGAGUAAAUAACUUUUGUUACAUAGCAGUAUUUAACUGCGAAACUGAUGGUUCGCACACAGAAAAGUCAUCCACAAACGCCCAAGUCUGUCAAAUAUAUUAACAUCUGUAGAAUGUUGAAUUACUUGAAAACUAUAUAUGGUGAAAGGUAGACCAAGUAGACACUUCUCACGCAUAGUGUCCAUUUGAUUGUGAAACAAAUUUAAAUUGAUUUACAUUCAAUUUAUUAUAUUUAUGUAAAAGCAAAUUGUUUUCUCAGAAUAAAAUUAAGACAUUAAAAUGAGUUGAACAAACGAAUAAUUUAUUGUCGAUUUAAAAUGAUUGUUUAAAAAGCACACUGAAAAGAUACUAUGUGUUAGUUAUAAAAUUGUGCAAUUUGUAAAUUUGAAUACAUAUAAAUUUUUUGUUUGUAGUAAAUCAGUUAUAGAACUGAGCCAAAGUCUCGUGCUUAAAAGAAAGAAUACUCAUCUCUGUCGUUGGUACUAUAAUGAGACUGUCAUAUCAACACUUUAUUCAUUUUAUUAAAACAGCAGUUAAGUUUCUUUUGAGUCAUCGAUAAGAAUGUUGCAACAUGCGAUACUCGAUCUGUAAUGUAACUUGUAAGAAUUGUCUUCCCAACUUUAUAUCAAAUUUCUUUAUAUAAAAAUUGUUCUUUGUUGUGCACAGUGUAUUCAUUAAAUGCGAUAAAGAACAUAACUUCCAUUCGUUACAUUAAAAAGUGAAGUUAUAAAAUUAAAAUAGAAUUCCAAUAUAAAUGAAGUAUUGAGCUCAUUGUUUAAUGAAAUGUUAGGUAAAUAAUUAUUAAUCAAUCUUCAGUGAUUUUUAUAUAAUUUUAUAAAGAUUAUGGUUUUUAACGUAAUAUUUUAUGUUUUCUUUUAAUGAGACACUGUGUGAGCAUAUAUAUGGUACGUAUAGUAGAGCACAUUAUUUGUAAAAAAUUAUUCCUAUCAAAUAUCAGAUUUUUACUGUAUAUACUUAAAAAAUAGCAAUUUAGUAGCCAUCGAGUAUACAACUUACUUUUCUGAUAUUUCAAUGUUUAUAUACGCUGGGGAACAAUUUUUUAAAAUAAUAAUGCAAUUUGAGUUAAAUAUAUUUACAAAGUACAGAUAAAAAGUAAUUGUAUAUUGUUACCGUACACAAAAAUCUUUUUAUUAGAUUUUCAAGCUUUUUUAAUGCAAGAAAACCUUAUAAAACAAUUUUCACUGUUUACUUGAAAAAUAAAAAAAAAUCAUUAGGUCAACUUUUCUAAUGCCAAAUUAGUUAAUACAUAAUAAAUUAGCAAACUGAAAUUUCAGAAUACAUUGCUUUGCUACUGCUAUCGUAACGAUUAAAAAACAAAAAAAAUGAAAGAGUAUAUUACAUUGAGAGAUAUACAAGAUUUUAAAGUAAAGAAUAUGCGAACCAUUGAAUUUAAAAUAAAAUUUCUAGCAAUGGUUAAUGAGAAAUUCUUCUGUUGAAAGAAGUAUUACUAGACAGUAAUUAAUGAAGUAUUAUAAAAACUGAAAUAUUUGUGCCUUCAAUAAAAUUUAGUAUUUUAAUCCUUUUGUAAUUUGUGAUGCAACAUAGAAACAAAAAAAACUAAAUACAACAAGCGAAUAGAAACAAUGUAAAUAUCUACAUAUAAAAAAUUAAUAACUGACAGUCUGAUUAAAAUUAAUAAUGAAUGUGGAAUUUUUGCGAAAAAUUUAUCGAACCUAUAUGCAUUUAAAAUAAACGCAACGUAACAUACAUUGGCGUAACUAGAAUUUUUUCCUAGUGUGGGCCAGGACUGUUAGAAAUUUUGGAAUUUUGAAAUGUUUUAAUUCUGGAAUUUUGAAAAUCUGAAAUUUUUGAAUCUUAGAAUCUUAAAAUUUUAGAACUGUGAGAGGGCUGAUCCUCACUUUUGAGGAGGCCAGGUCCACUUUGAUCCCUGUCUAAUUACGCUAAUAACAUAAGUUCUUUAAAAAUACAAGAAAAAAAAGAAAGCAAAUUUUUUACUGAAGAACAUGAGAUUGAAUCGACCAAUUUUUCCAAUUUCUGCGUUUCACUUUUUAAUGAACUUCAGCUACCUAAUAACAAACAGUAUCAAACCGAAAAGUAUAAUUAUGCUAUAUAUUUUAAACACUCUUAUAUGCGCGUAUUAUGAAUACUUAUACAGAAUUGUUGGACCGCAUGUUUUUGAUUACUUAUUGAAUAAUUAUACACCGACCGAAACAAAAAUGAAGUAAUUUUUAUAGUUCAUAACUGAAAAAGGAAUUCAAUAAGCAAUAUUGAAUUGCUUUUACUUUUGAUUGGUGCUGUUUCAUAAUUAAACAAGGAUUAUUAUACUUUCUUUUAGUAUCAUUGAUUAUAAUUUAAUUCAUAAAUCAAAUCAUAGGAAUGUGCGGAUAUCGGAACUUCGGAUCGACUCGGAAAAAAUUUGGCGGAAUCGGGUGGAAUCGGGUGAAAUCGGAUGAAAACUUUGCUACAUACGAAUAUAUGGAUUUUACAUUGGCGUAACUUGGUAGGGACCAAGGAAGGUCUGACUUUUCACCAUUCUAAAAUUUUAACAUUCCAAACUACCAGAUUUCUAAAAUUCCUAAAUUUCAAAGUGUCAAAAUUUCUGAGACCUCGUCCACCCUAAAAAAAUUAAGUUAUACCGAUAAGGAUUUAUAAAGAUUUUGCGAAUGUUUACCAUGUAAAUUGUUCUUUAAAAAAAACUGGAUAUAUUAAGGACUACGCUAUAAACAUGAUACAACCUAUCUUAAAUACAAUUUCAAAUAAAUCUCGAGUGUCCGAAAAGUUUUGGGAUUCCGAGCAUUCGUAUGUAGAACUUUCGCACUCUCAUUCGAUUCUGCCCAAUUGUUCCACGCAUGCUUAGUAAAUGAUUGCUAAAGGUGAUAAACAAACAAUAAGUAAAAUUUAUCUUAAAUUAAUAAUUAUACGGUACCAAUUGAAAUUUAAGAGAUGGAAAGUAAAUAUUGUAAAUAUAAAGAUGCAGAAUAAUAUCUUUUGUAAUGAAUGUAUGAAAGGUGGAUGAGAAAGAAAAAAAGAUAAGGAUCGAAUGAACGUGUGAUAAAGAAAGAAAGGAAGAAGGAAAAGAAAAGAGAGAAAGGGAAAGUGCGCGCAUACGAGAGUGAGGGAGAGAGAGAAAGAGAAAGAAUCUAUAACUAUAGAUUAUAAUAUCGACUUAAACGGAAGAGCACAAAAUAAGUUUAUAAAGAUGUUGAUAUUUAACUUGUUAAAAAAAAUAACUAAUCUAUGUUUGAUAAAGAAAAGAAAAAAACAUUUACAGGAUGUUUAUUGUUUGAUUGACGACUGCUAAAUGGAUUUUGUUGCACGUUCAUGUAACUACUGCAACCAGUGCCGGAUUAAAUAUUGUUCGGGGCCGGGGGAAGGAGGCCGCAGCCACGGACCUCACUUUACAGGGGGGUUUUCCGUUUACUAUGUCAUAAUAUAUUGAAUGCAAUUCUUUUACUAUUGCCUUUUCCCUUUACGAUUAGAUGUUAUUUAAAUUUAAGAUUUUAAUCCGGUCCUGAUUGUAACGAUUUUAGUUCAAACGCUCUUAACGAAUUAACGAUCGAUCGAGGGAAAAAGAUUGAUCAAAAUUUUGUUGCCAAUUGUGACAAUAUUCAGAUAAAGCUGUGAAUUCGUAAUACAUAUACAGCCUGUCCCAUGAAACUGGGCCAAGCUAUAGCUUUAAAACGGUGUGUACAUUUCUAAAUUUCCAAAUUACUAAAUUUGAAAGUUUUUAAAUUUUAUAUUUUCCACGCCAUGCACGCUGGUGCCAGUAAAUUCUUCAGCUACCGCUUGACCCACUCGUUACUGUCGCAAGGGGCUUGAAAUCUCUAAAAAUGUUUCAUUCUCACAUUACAAUACAGGCGCCAAUGAAAUUUUUAAAUUACCGUUCUAAAGUUAUAACUUGGCUCUAUUUCGUAGGACACCCUGUAUAUUCAUCAGGGAGCUUAAAUAUAGUAGAUUGUAACAAUAAUUAUUACAUACACACACACGCCUAUUGCAAUUAAAGAGAUCGUAUUCUAGAAAUAAUAUAAAUGCCCGCGUAUAAUAUAUGUAGUCUUGAUUCAAUAUGAAACACAACUGAAAAUUUGAUAAAGAAACAUGUAAAAAUAUGAAUAAUUUUUUAUUGCUUACGAUGAACUGACUUGCAUUAAUUAUUUUUACAAAAUAUUAAUUUAUAUAUUGUUGAUGGUAAGUUUUUGUUGAAAUCAUGUUUAAACUUGCAUUUUAGCACAGAUACAUUGCUAGAUUAUUAUAAAAAGUGUUUGAUUAUCAAGUCAAUUAAUCGAGAAGGAAAACCAAAUUACGAAAGUGUAAUGACAAGAAUAUUUCAUGUUCCCCACAUAGAAAGAUGGCUAUUCAAACUACAUAAUUAGAAGGUAGUUUUAUACAUAUAACAUGAUCAUUAAAAAAUAAAGAAAUUUUUAUAAAA